GUGGCUGCCGCGGAGCCAGAGCAGCAAUGGCGGCGGGUGGUGGCGGUAGCUGCGACCCCCUGGUCCCCGCGGGGGUCCCCUGCGCCUUCUCCCCUGACAGACAGGCCUACUUCGCUCUGGCCUCCACCGACGGUCACCUGAGAGUGUGGGAGACAGCCAACAACCGACUGCAUCAGGAAUACGUGCCUUCCGCGCACCUCAGCGGUACCUGCACCUGCCUGGCCUGGGCGCCAGCGCGGCUGCAGGCCAAGGAAAGUCACCAGAGGAAAAAAAGGAAAUCAGAAGCUGUAGGAACGAGUGACCAGAUUGACCUGUUGGCUCUUGGUACAGCAGUUGGUAGCAUUUUGUUGUACAGUACAGUUAAAGGAGAAUUGCAUAGUAAAUUAAUAAGUGGUGGACAUGACAACAGAAUCAAUUGCAUACAGUGGCAUCAAGACAGUGGCUGCUUAUAUAGUUGUUCAGAUGAUAAAUAUAUUGUGGAAUGGAAUGUACAGACAUGCAAAGUGAAGUGCAAGUGGAAAGGUGACAAUAGCAGUGUCACUUCCCUAUGUAUCAGCCCAGAUGGAAAGAUGUUGCUUUCAGCUGGUCGAACAAUCAAGCUAUGGGUUUUGGAGACCAAAGAAGUCUACAGACACUUCACAGGACAUGCGACACCAGUUUCAUCACUUAUGUUCACUACUAUCAGACCUCCUAAUGAGAGCCAGCCCUUUGAUGGAAUUACAGGUCUUUAUUUCUUAUCUGGAGCAGUGCAUGACCGGUUACUUAAUGUCUGGCAGGUCCGGUCAGAAAACAAAGAAAAGAAUGCAGUGAUGUCUUUUACAGUCACUGAUGAACCUGUCUUUAUUGACUUGACUUUGUCAGAAAACAAAGAAGAGCCUGUCAAGUUAGCUGUUGUUUGCAGAGAUGGUCAGGUCCAUCUUUUUGAACACAUAUUAAAUGGACACUGCAAAAAGCCUUUGACUUCAAACUGUACAAUUCAGAUAACAACACCUGGGAAAGGCAAGAAAUCAACACCAAAACCCAUCUCUAUUCUAGCAGCUGGCUUUUGCCCAGACAAAAUGUCAUUGUUGCUUGUGUAUGGCAAUUGGUUUCAGCCUACUAUUGAGCGAGUGACUUUAAACUCCAAAGAAGCUCAUAUGUGUUUAGUAAGAGAUAUUUCAAACUGCUGGGCCCCAAAAGUAGAAAUGGCCAUAACAAAGGUGAGAACUCCAGUGAUGAAUUCUGAAGCAAAAGUUCUGGUGCCUGGGAUUCCUGGGCAUCAUGCUGCUAUCAGGCCUCCUCCUCCACCUGCCGAGGAAGUGGAAAGCAAGAGGAAAUUAGGAGGAAAUGAGGUUAGCAUUGAAGAACGUCUGGGAGCAAUGGAUAUAGAUACAAAAGAAGGAAAAGAUGACCAUCUGCAGACGAAUAGCUUUCCAGUUCUUCUCACGCAGGGUUUAGAAAGUAAUGAUUUCGAAAUGCUAAAUAAAGUACUUCAAACUAGGAAUUUAAACCUGAUAAAGAAGACUGUGUUAAGGAUACCCUUGCAUGCUGUCAUUCCAUUGUUGCAAGAGCUUACAAAGAGGUUGCAAGGACAUCCUAAUAGUGCUGUUUUAAUGGUUCAGUGGUUGAAAUGUGUGUUAACGGUUCAUGCAUCAUACCUAUCCACAUUGCCUGAUCUGGUACACCAGCUGGGGACACUCUACCAGCUAAUGGAAAGCAGAGUCAAAACUUUUCAGAAACUCUCACACCUUCAUGGAAAGCUUAUCCUUCUAAUCACACAAGUUACAGCAUCAGAGAAAACGAAGGGAAUGACUUCCCCAGGACAGAAGGCAAAGUUGGUGUAUGAAGAAGAAUCAUCUGAAGAGGAGUCUGAUGAUGAAAUAGCAGAUAAAGAUUCUGAUGAUAACUGGGACGAAGACGAGGAACAGAAAGAAAGUGAAAGAGAUGAGGACAUUGAUGAUGAGAAUGAGGAGGAAGAUGAAGAUGCUGAAGAAAAAGAAGAAAAUGGUGAGGACAGAGAUGGGGCGAGUGAAAAAGAAUUAAAUGGAGAUUCCGAUUUAGAUCCUGAGAAUGAAAGUGAAGAAGAGUGAAGACGGAAGAGCAAGCCAGUCAGACUGUGAACCCUGGCUCACCUUGCCCAUUGCUGAGAGUCCUCCUAGGGAGGGUUGUCCCCGUGCCAGGAUGCCAAGGACCGCUGCACAUUUCCACUUUCACAGCGGCAAUUCCCAUGCCACCUUGCUGUCCUGAGCGCCCCAGACUUUUAACUGUGUAAAUAAGAGUGUUUCAUUCAAAUGUUAAUAAACUUUACACAGUAAAUAGACACAUUUUCUGCAAUGUACUGACAUGAGUGUCCAAUAUAUGGUAUAUUUUUAUAAUAUAAUAUCUUAGUAUGAUUGGUUAUAUCAGGAAUUGACUUAAGACACAGACCUAUCCCACGGGGUUUCUGAAACUGGACGCUUGUGAAUGAGUCAGCUCUUCUCUCAGGUUGGUAUCUUUCAUCAAAUCCAGAUGUGAAGCAGCACAGUGAAAAGUUUUUAAUUUGGUACAUUUUAAUAAAAUAUGAAGGAAUAACUAAAAACUGGAGUUAAGAAUUAUUGUGAUUCAAAAAAAAAACCUUUUCACCAAUGUCCCUAGCUUGUCUGUUAACUGGUAGUUAUCUGAAUUGAGUCCAA